AGGACUUGGAGCAGUCAAGAUACAUUCCUCUAGGCAGUUGAACAUUGCUACCAGUCAUGAGUGACUGGGCUCUAGACGCACUUGCUGAACGCGUCAAAUCGAGGAGACAAAGCUCCGGCGACUUCAGCAGCGACGAAGGACACCAAGCCCUCGAGGUCGUCUUCGAAGAGCAGCACUCGACACGACGCAAAUCAUCCAUUGUCAAGACAAACAUGCGACCCGGCGCAAUGCGUAACGACACAUCAUGUUUUAUUCACAACAUGCUGGAGGAGAAAGACGAAGGUGUCGAGCCUGCUCAGACCGAAGAAAGUAUACAAGAUGAGAAGCCCGCGGACAAGCCCACAGGCAACCCUCACCAACAUUCCGACCACAUGCAAUCUCGAUUGCUCACCAAGAAGCAAUUGUCGGAUAUGGCCUUUGGCAUUCGUGAACUUUCCAAACGCUUGGGUCGAGUCAAGUUGAUGCUCAAGGUCAAAAAUAUCUUUGUGCUCACAAAACUCACUGACGCUACUCUUUGCGCCAAGGCCGCUGAGUUGACCAAGUGGUUACUGGAUCAAGAUGCACAAUAUAAUGUUUAUGUCCAGGAUACAUUGAAGGAGCUGAAGUCAUUUGAUAUUCCAUCCAUUCUUGAGGGCGAUGAAUCAAAGACAGACAGGCUGAACUACUGGAACGAGGCCCUUUGCAAGAAGUCGCCUCAUAAGUUUGACAUUGUCCUUGCACUCGGUGGUGAUGGUACUGUCCUGUAUGCUUCGCUUCUAUUCCAACGCAUUGUACCUCCUGUUCUCAGUUUCGCCAUGGGAUCCCUUGGUUUCCUGACCAAAUUCGAUUUCGCCAGAUAUUCAGCCAUCCUACCCAGAGCCUUCAACGAUGGUAUUACCGUGUCCCUUCGACUUCGCUUUGAAGGUACCAUUAUGCGCAGUGUCCGUCGCGAAGGAGAUAGCGAUGAGGACCACAAACAAAGAAGACUGGACGAAGAGCUGGUUGGUGCUGAGGCAGAUGACCACCAUACCCACCGUCCUGACACAGCCUACCAUAUCCUAAACGAAAUCGUCUUGGAUCGCGGUCCUAGUGGUAGCAUGGUUGCUCUGGAUGUUUAUGGCGACGAAGAAUGUUUCACCACCAUUGCUGCAGAUGGUCUCAUCGUUGCGACUCCGACAGGUAGUACAGCGUACAAUCUGGCAGCAGGUGGUAGUCUCUGUCAUCCGGACAAUCCGGUCAUUCUUCUCACCGCAAUCGCGGCACAUACUCUCAACUUCCGACCAAUCAUCUUACCCGACACGAUGGUAUUACGAAUUGGUGUUCCAUACGACGCGCGCAGUUCUGCAUAUACUAGCUUCGACGGAAAGUACAGGACUGAAUUGUGUCCCGGUGACUAUGUAACCAUUUCCGCUUCAAGGUUCCCAUACCCUAGUGUAUUGCCUUUGAACAAACGUAGCGAGGAUUGGAUUGAAAGCAUUUCGCGUUCCUUGGAUUGGAAUUCGCGAGCCAAACAAAAGCCUUAUACAGAAGAGAAGAAGAAGGACGACAGUGAGAGCAAGUCAUGAUGGAAGUUUCGGAUGACAUUUUGGUAUGCAUGUAUGGAGAUGGAUUGGCGUCGGUGAAUCUUGUUUGCAUCUAGAGAUACCUAAAACGAAUGCUUCUGUCAUAUUUCAAACAGUUCACAUCUAG